AUGGAUAGUUUCAUAGAUGAUGAGAUAAAUUCAGCUGAUGAAAAUGAACCUGUUUUAUUAGAUAUAAGUGACAUAUUAAAUUUGAAAAGACAAAAAAAAAAAAAUAUAAAAGAAGAAAUUAAUUACAUGCAAAAAAACUUAAAUUUUCUAAAGCCAUUAGAAGAAUAUGAUAAUUAUGAUGAUAAUGAAUUUUUAAUAAGUAAAAAAGAAAAUUCAAGGAUAAUAAAUAAAGAAAAUUAUUCAUCAGAAUAUAACACUUAUCAUUUAAAUAUCUAUUCCAAAUGUAAGAUUUACUAUAAAAGAACAUUUGAAAAAUUAAAAAACAUUUUCACUAACAAAAAAAGAGAUGAAAAUUUUCUUUAUUAUUCAAAUAACUUCUCUAGUGAUUGUUUUAAUAUAUUAGCUAAUCGUUUAUACUACUCAAAGAUUACAUCAUAUUUGUAUAUUUUUGUUCUUUUAUUAAAUGUAUUUAUUUUAGUAUAUGGUUUUUUCACAAAAAUAUUGAGUAAAUUUAUUGUUUGUUCUGAAAUCUUUGUUAUUUUUAUGUUAUUAAUAGAAGUUUGUUUAAGAUUAAUGACUGAAGGUAGUAAUUAUUUUUAUCAUUUUGAUGGAUUAUUUGAUGUAACAGUUACAUUUAUGUGCUUUUUCCUACUAAUAAGUAGUGGAGAUUUGAAAAUAUUUUAUGAAACUAGUACUGUUAAAACAAAAAACAAAGAAAUAGAAGAGAUUAUUUCUAAUAGUUUAACAGUAUUACGAUUUUCAUUUCAGUUAUUUAGAACAAUAACCUUGUUUAUGCAUCAUAAAAGAACAAAAGCACCAAAUGAUAAUAUAGACUUUUCUUUAUUGAAUUUGCCAAAAGAUGAUUUUUGA